UUUGACGAUCACUCUCAAACAGCUCCUCCAGAUAAACCUGCUCAGCGGGAUCCUGCUGCGCAUGCGUAGUGUGCGACUCACUCACACAAAUGACUGCAGCGAUCCACCUGUGCUAAUAAUAUGUGACAAAGGAGCAGAAGCGCACAUUUCACCUGUAGAGGAUGUACACUCCGGCAGCCGAUACGGGAGUGACGGUGGUGGAGGAAGACGCCACUCUGAGUAAUGCCUACUCACCUGUCGACUACAUGAGCAUCACCAGCUUCCCUCGACUGCCAGAAGACGAGGUUUCAGCUGACAACACGAUCAAGACACGCAAAGAUGACGAUAACUUCCUCGGUGAGCAGGAAGCAGCAGACCCAGAUCUGUUCCUGAAGUCAGCCCGUCUGCAGCGUCUGCCAUCCUCCGCCUCUGAUUUGGCCAGUCAUGACGUGUCUCCGCUACGGGAGACCAACAGAGACCCGCUGGCUCAGGAGUGCGCCUGCACCCGGGAUGGCCUCACCGUCAUCAUCACCGCCUGCCUGACCUUCGCCACUGGCGUCACUGUGGCCCUCAUCAUGCAGAUCUACUUUGGAGAGCCACAGGUGUAUAGUCAGGCUGCAGUGGUGACGGAUGUGUCCCGCUGCACGACUCUGGGUUUGGAUGUUUUGGGGAAGCAGGGCUCCAGUGUGGACGCAGCCAUCGCCGCCUCCCUCUGCCUGGGCAUCAUCCACCCCCACAGCUCGGGCAUCGGCGGAGGUGGUGUGAUGCUGGUCCAUGACAUCCGCAAGAAUGAGAGCCGUGUCAUUGACUUCAGAGAGACGGUGCCCUCCGGCCUUCACGAGGACAUGAUGCAGCACGCCAGCCACAGGCCGGGUCUGACCGUGGCUGUUCCAGGACUGAUCAGUGGACUCCAUCAGGCCCAUCAGCUCUACGGCAGUGGAUUUAGCUGCUCUUUUAGAUAAGAUCGCAGCCAAUGGCAUCUCAGAGUUCUACAGCAGCAAUCUGACGCAGGAAAUGACGUCAGCGGUUCAAGCUAACGGAGGAGUGCUGACGGAGGAGGACUUCAGAAACUACACCACCGUCAUCCAGACGCCUCUGCAGAGCCUUUACCAGGGACAGCAGGUGUUUGUUCCUCCUCCUCCUCAGGCUGGCGUCGCUCUGCUCUCCGCACUAAACAUCCUGGAGGGAUUCAACAUCAGCAGCCAGACGCCCCGGAGCAGCGUCUACCACUGGGUGGCGGAUUCUCUGAAGAUCGCUCUGUCUCAGGCCAGUGGAUUAGGAGACUCCAUGUUUGAUUCAUCAGUGUCGGAGCUGGUGGCUGAGAUGCUCAGUAAGACGCAGGCGGCGGCGUUUCGUCAGAUGAUCAGUGACACUCUGGCGUCCACCGCGGAUCACUACACACCGUCAUACGAGCUGCAGGACACCAAUGAGGCCGGUCAGAUCUCCAUCAUGGGCACAGACAACCUGAUAGUCUCAGUCAUGAGCUCUCUGAACCGUCCGUUUGGCAGUGGUAUUGUGACGUCCUCAGGGAUCCUCCUCAACAGCCAGAUUCUGGAUUUUUCCUGGCCCAACAAAACCCUCAGCUCCUCAGCUUUCAAUCAGCGUAACAGCAUUGCGCCGGGUAAGAGGCCUCUGUCGUUCCUGCUGCCGCUGGCUGUGCGUCCGUCUGUGGGUCAGUGUGGGACGUACAUCGCUCUGGGCUCCUGCAGCGGAGAUCGGGCUCUCAGUGGCAUCACACAGGUGCUGGUUAAUGUGUUAUCGAGCCGCAGGAACAUGAGUGAGAGUGUGUCUUCUGGACGUCUGCAUCCUCUGAUCUCCAACAACUCUCUGCUUGUGGACUACACACACACACACACACACACACACACACACACUUACUCAUACACACACCUGUUCAUAAAUACAUACAUAUACACAAACACUAACACACAGACACACACUCUUAGACAUUCACGUAAACGCACGCACAAACUCAAAAUUAUGCAUACCCCAACAUACAACUACCCACACACAUACCCACACCCAGACUCACUCAAACACACAGACAAACUCCUGCACACUAUCACAGAGACGUACACUUGUACACAGACACACUCAGACACAAUUACACACACACACACUGAAAUACAGACAUACACACAUACAAAUACACACAACUACACACGCAUAACUGCAGAGAAACACAAAACUCUUUCAAACACACACACACACACACACAGUAGUGAUGAUGACAGCUGAAUGAUGGCAGUGUGUUUUAUUUAUGAAGAACGACUCUGUUAUCUGCCAUGAGCUGUCAGAUCGUGUGUGUAUCAGGCCUCAUCGUUAUUUAUUGUAGACACUUUGCACUUUGUGGAAAUCCAGUGACAUCAUCAGAGCCAUAGACAUGUGUAUGCAGAUGCCACGUUCAGCAGAGACGUUCAGUCGUCCGCCAUCUUGGAACAGUCAAAAUGACGCACAUUUGCAGCCUCAGUUUGUAAAACAAACCACUGAGAUUUAAAGGCGAAACCUUCACAGUUGUGUUUUUAUUUGUAUUAACUCAAUAUUUCCAUUACUGAGCGCUCAAUAUCACUCAAUAUAUUCAAUAUUUUAAACUAUGCUAACUUCUAAGUGUCUUGUCAGCUAAUGCCUUUGUGUUCCUGUAUUGCUAAUGCUAAUUAGCAAAUUCAUCUCUUGGAUUCUGUCGCAGAUAGAUAUUUAUAAAUCUGUUCUUGGAGACGGUUAACUUGCUCUCUAAUGUUCAUGGGUCAACCUUUAUCAUUUGAGUUUUGCAGAUGGGUCAAUAAAGCAGCCUGCAGAAGCUAAUGAGGGAUCUAUGUUUAUACAUCUAUGAUCAAAACUAAGAAUCCUGCCAAUCUAAGAAACGCAGCAACAAAUGCUUCUCCCGCUCAGUUCUUCUUUCUGGUCCAGAUAUCAAAGAUUCUUCAAUCAAACAGCUCUUUCUAGACCACUGAAAUUUGUUUUCAGAAAUGAGUCAAAAUGAAGCGAGUUUUUCCAUAAAACAAGCAAAAUAAUCUGACAAAUGAGGUAAGAAAAGUCAUUUUUUUGCUUUGAUUUAAGAUUGUUUUAAGGAAAACACUUUAUUUCCACUUGUUACUUCAGAAAACAAAACAAUUUUUACUUGUCCACACCAUAAAGAAAUAAAAGUUAUUGAAAUGAAA